AUGCCCGAAUACAAACUUAUCGGUUCCUCGCCCAGCGAGAUCAAAAAUGGAGACAAGGUUGAGGUACAAGUCGAGGGACUCGAGGGAGUGAAGCUUCUUCUCGUGAAACUUGAUGACCAAGUUCAUGCCAUGACCGCUAGAUGUACACAUUACGGAGCUCCCCUGGUCAAGGGUGUGCUCUCUCCUGAUGCAAGAAUAACCUGUCCGUGGCAUGGAGCCUGUUUCAAUGUGAUCAGUGGAGAUGUGGAAGAUGCUCCCGCACCUAACGCAUUGAACAAGUAUGACAUUUCUGAAAAGGACGGAGCGUUUUAUGUCCAUACGGAUGAAGCAUCCCUCAAAGCAUGGGGUAGAGAGCCGGUGAAGACCUGCAAAGUUGCUGGAAAUGACAACGUCGUUGUAGUUGGAGGCGGGAGCGGAGCAUUCGGUACCAUCGAGUCCCUCAGGGAGCUUGGAUAUAGUGGAAACAUCACCAUGAUAUCGAAAGAGCCUAACCUCCCGUUGGACAGGACAAAGUUCUCCAAAGCAUUGAUAGCGGAUCCUUCAAAGAUCGAACUCAGAUCCAAGGACUGGUAUUCGAGCGUUUCCGUAAACACAGUCUCGGAUGAGGUGACUUCUGUCGACUUCGAGAAGAAGUCCGUGGCCACAAAGUCUGGAAAGUCAUACCCAUACACCAAACUUGUUCUGGCCACAGGAGGAACCCCUAGAGUGCUGCCACUUCCAGGGUUUAAAGAGUUGGGCAAUGUUUUUACUCUUCGAUAUGUAACGGAUGUGCAGGCUAUCCUGGCUGCAGUGGGAGAGAAGGGUAAGAACAUUGUCGUCAUCGGAAGCUCUUUCAUCGGUAUGGAAGUAGGCAAUGCAUUGGCGAAAGAGAAUAAGGUUACCAUCGUUGGGAUGGAAUCUGCACCUCUAGAGCGUGUCAUGGGAGCAGAAGUCGGCCGCAUUUUCCAACGUAAUCUGGAGAAAUCAGGCGUUAAAUUUCACUUGUCUGCAUCUGUGGAGAAAGCUACCCCUUGUUCUGCAGAUUCCUCCAAGGUUGGCGCAGUGCAUUUGAAGGAUGGAACGGAAUUGCCGGCUGAUCUGGUCAUUCUCGGCGUUGGUGUUGCUCCUGCAACUGAAUAUAUCAAAGAGAACCCAGCUGUGAAACUUGAAAGAGAUGGCUCUCUCAGGACCGAUGAGUCCUUUGCCGUUCAGGGCCUGAAGGACGUCUACGCCAUAGGAGACAUUGCCACAUACCCUUAUCACGGCCCUGGAGGGCAGGAUGGUAAACUCCAUGUUCGUAUCGAACAUUGGAGCGUGGCCCAGAACUCCGGCCGUAGUGUUGGGCGCACAAUCGCACACUUGUCAACGUCCAGCCACCCUAUUAAGCCAAAGCCGUUCAUUCCAAUUUUCUGGUCAGCAUUGGGUGCUCAGCUCCGAUACUGUGGUAACACAGUGAACGGAUACGAUGACAUUGUCAUGAAAGGGGAGCCUGAGAAUGCGAAGUUUGCUGCUUUCUACACAUCUGGUGACACAGUGGUAGCAGUUGCUACUAUGGGAAUGGAUCCUAUCAUCUCAAAGAGCGCUGAGCUCAUGAGAAGGGGAAAUAUGCCCGGGAAGAAGGAAUUGGUAGCUGGAGCUGAUGUGUUGACUGUUGAUCUUCCUGGGAAGGUUGUCAUGUAG